AUGGAAAACGCGAUAAAUACAGUCAUUUGUGUUGCAGGGUGUGACGUGGCCAUCAAGCCAGACUUUGUUUUCACAGUGGACUCAUCAGAGCGAGAAAAGUACAUUGCCAGCGUUCGCCCUCUGCGGUAUGGCGAUGGAAAAUAUGUGAAAAAUUUGCGUAUUAUUUUAAACAACCCAUGGGUUCCGUUCGUUUCCAGUACUCCUGCAGACCAUCGAUUCAUUGAUGAUGAAGAAAGGGCAUUCCUUGCUGAAUCCGCUCCGAAGGGCAGCGUUAAAGCGCCUCGGCUAAGGGACUUUCCAUGGAGAGCUGUUUUCUUAUCGGUACCGGUUUGGGCGACUUUCGUGAGUACCGUAACGUACACAUGGUCCCUAUACGUUCUGUUGACUGGUCUGCCGACGUACUUCGGCACAGUCCUUGGAUUCGACUUACAGUCUAACGGCAUCGUCUCUGCUUUGCCAUACCUGCUGUUGGCUAUCAUUCAGAUGCUCGCUGGUCAAAUAGCUGAUUCGCUGCGGGUUCGACUGCAUUUAACGACGACGCUGGUGCGAAAAAUCAUGGAUGUCACAGGCCAUCUUGUGCCCGGCAUACUGAUCGCCGUGGUGGGCUACUCUGGUUGCGACAGCCGCGCGGCCGUCACCUUACUCAUCCUAAGCAUUGGCAUCACUGGUUUAUGCAGCGCCGGUUGUCUGAUCAAUUUUCUGGACCUUUGCCCAAAAUACGCAGGAAUAGUGUUUGGCAUUUCGAACACGCUGGGAACCGUAUCCGGAAUAAUUGGACCGAUUGUGACGGGCACGGUUACGAAAGGAAACCCAUCCAUUUACUCUUGGCGCGUGGUGUUCUUGAUCGCCGCCGGGCUGUAUUUUCUGUCAAGCGUGACUUACUCGUUUUUCGGCGACGCGAAGGUCCAAAGUUGGGCAAUGGAUGACGUCGAAAAAUCUAAUGAG